AUGGCUUCUCAAACAUUCACAUACCAUUCCAUAUCUCUUCGCUUGCGAAAGAAAUUCUCCACUCGGUAUCUAUUCUCAACAAUCACAACACGCCGGGAACAAGAACACUACCCCUCGAUCAAGUACGCACGGCUUAUCAAGCUUGGCUUUGAAACUGAUUUAUAUAGCUGCAAUAGAUUGAUAUGUGCAUAUUCCAAUGCUAGAGACAUGGCCGCAGCAACAAGAGUGUUUGAGGAAAUGCCCCAUAGGGACAUCAUUACAUAUAAUACUAUCAUAUCAUGCUAUGUUCGGAAUGCGUGCUAUGAAGAAGCUAUCAAACUGUUUAGAAGAAUGCACACCAUGGACGUGGGUUUAGAUAGGUUCACCAUGGCUGCAAUUCUCAAGGCAUGCAACCAUGCAUCAUUUUGUUUGGAUCAUGCACACCAAUUAUAUGCAUGUUCUUGGAAGAAUGGGUUACAUAGCGAUGUUUCUCUAUGCAAUGCUAUGAUUAGCCUCUUCGCUCAGUUGGGCGCAUUAGAAGAAGCUCGGCAGGUCUUCAAUGAAAUGCCUGGAUGA